GAAGAGGAGGAGAAAUCCAUCGGGGAGGAAGAAACAGCCAUGGAGGAUGAUGAGGGCGACCUGGAGCUCGGGGAGGUGACGGUGGAGCUGAAGCCCCGGGCGAAGACGGGGGGCGGCGGGGAGGAAUCCGUGCCCCGUGCCCCCCGUUUGGAGGAGGUGGCCGCCCUCCCCCCUCUCCUACAGGGCCAGGGGCUCCGGGCUGCUGGCAAACGGAGAAAAAAACUGCAAAAAAGAGCGGAGAAAAUCGCCACGAAGCUUUCGGAGACGCUGGAGGCGGCCAUGCAGUUCUGAGGAUGAGGCAUUGGCGGCUGGGAUUUAAUAUUAUUAUUAUUUUUUUAAGCGUGAAAUGGUUUAAAAAA